UUUUCUUUCCCAUACAGGUUUCAUUGCAGCUGACAUUAAGGGAACAGGAUCGCUAACGCAGAUGCUUCUUAUAACAGACUACCAUCAGUUGGGUUCUCUCCAUGACUACCUUCAAAAUAUUACUCUAAACUAUUUCACCAUGAUCCGCCUCUCCUUGUCCACUGCUUGUGGUAUAUCACAUUUACACACAGAAAUUUUUGGAACUAAAGGAAAACCAGCCAUUGCUCAUAGAGACAUAAAAAGUAAAAAUAUACUAGUGAAAAGAAAUGGCGAAUGUUGUAUUGCUGACUUUGGUCUAGCAGUUAAAUAUGUCAGUGAGAACAAUGAACUGGACUUCGGCACCAAUCCCAAAGUUGGGACACGGCGAUAUAUGGCUCCAGAGGUGCUUAAUGAAACAAUAAACAUGAGCUGCUUUGAGUCUCUCAAAAUGGCAGAUAUGUAUUCCUUUGGCUUAGUCCUUUGGGAGAUAUGUAGAAGAUGUGCAAGUGAAAGUGGUGACAGAUAUCUUUCGGCUGAUGAAUACCAGCUGCCUUAUUUUGACAGUGUGCCACAAGACCCAUCCUUUGAUGACAUGCAUGAGGUUGUGUGUGUCAAGGGCAUCAGACCAGAUAUACCUCUUCGCUGGCAUUGUAAUGAGGUUUGUCAAUUAUUUCUCUUAUUUCAAUGGUCACAUUAA